AUGUCAGUUGUACGUGCCCCCAACCAUCCCGCAACUUUCAAUGGUCAUUUUCAACCUAUAUCCGAUUCCAUUGCCGAAUCUGUCCGUGCAAAUCAGUACGGUUAUGUCAAAACGCCGAGCUUUUUCCAAUGUGGUGGCAUCAAUUCCGAGAAGAAUGAAGACUUUGAGGUCGAGCUUGUCACAAACACUGCACUCAACAACGUACUAACGGCCGAUUCAAUUUUCGCCUUAAGUGGCAAACUCAUCGCGCUGAAUGAUGGUUCCCCCCCAAGCCUCUCAUACUUCCAAGAUAGCGUGGUGCGUGUGGGUCCAACUGGUGAGGAUCAGCCUGACUUCACAAACAAAACCAUCGUGACAAGCCUUGGUAUGGUUAUAUCCCGUCGGGAGGUCGCAUCAACUGCUUCAGACUCCGGCAGUCAACUCGAAGUCAUCGUUGCACAUUGCGAUUGGGACGGACAAGAGCGAGUUCACAGGCGAUUUAACAUCAAAUACAUCGUUCCUGGGACAAAAAACCUCGUUAAGACACAUACACUCUACCAAGUGGGCCGUGAGAUCAAUAUCAUCGGGCGAUUAGUCGACUUCCACAUGGAAGACCAUAUGGCCGUUGUAGUUGUAUCAUCAGUCUCCGUCACCUCUGGACACCAGAUUGGCCGGACCAACCCCAGCAACCCAACACCGUUGAAUUCAUCCCCUUUGCAAGGAAGGAAAUUCUAA